AUGGUCUCCGCCGACAACCUCAACUUCGACUGCCUUGAACUCAUAUUCGCGUAUCUUUCUGGGAAUGACUUAGUGUCUGUCUCGCUGGUCAGCCGGUCGUUCCUUGCUGCUGCGAUCCCGCGAGUGUACAAGACAUUAACCUUCGGCUUGAAUCAAGCGAAGCGUUAUCCAUCGAUUGUAUCUCCGUUUGCUGCGGUUAUAGGACACUCGAAUUUGGCAUCGCACGUCAGGCACAUUGACAUACGUGCAAUACCGACCGUGAAGUUCUCCCCUCAACCCAAAUUUCUUGACGACUGCGCUCGUACCCUGGCACUAUGCAAGAACCUCGGCUCCUUCACAUGCACGUUAGACAUGAUGCCCUCGUUUCUACCCGCCUUGCAAAACAAAGAGGGCUUAGAGUGCCUACGCUUCAACGGGAACCUCACCGCCGAUCAGUCAGAAGAGCUCGUAAAGCUCUCGGGGCUGCGUGAGCUCACCAUCGACAGCUGCUCCUGGAACGUCGUGGACGUAUUUCCUAGGUGGAUGGAUGUCUUGCGCCCAACCCUCAUGUCCCUCACUCUCAAUUCGAUACAUACUCUCAGCAUGGAGAUGCUGGACAUCAUUUUGCCGAGCUUACCGCAUUUGACGCGUCUCCAUGUAAUAAACUGCACCAAAGUCGAUCACACGGCAAUGCUACGGGUGAUAUCUCAUACCCCCAAUCUUGAGAGUUUGGCGUUUACGAGCUAUGAAUCAUCUCGUCCACUUCCCCCGGUGAUAUCGCCCUUGCCACGCCUUCGCCAUCUUGCGCUAGAUACCCAAUACGCACCCACACCUGCGAAUAACACGCCCGCCUUCUGGACGACCAUGAUCGACUUCACGCGUACUUGGUCCUGCCCGCUCAAGUCGCUCACGCUGCGGCUGUCGGAUAGAGUCAGUCUGGGCGAUACGUUCGUCACCAACAUCAUAGACUCGCACCACGCCACGCUCAACCACCUCGCGAUCCUCAAUUGUACACUGUCGAAGGAGAGCGUGGAGAGAAUCUGUAUACAAUGCACGGAGCUGGAGCGGUUCGCGCUCAGCAUCCCCGCGAAGGACUCGUACGCCUUCGCCGUGGCCGCCGCACAUGCGAAGCGCCUACACACAGUGACCGAAGUCGGAGACCUGCACUCUUCGCACAGCCCUCGCCCGCCGCUCACUCGGCUGGACAUCCGCACGAUUAUGACUCACCAGCCAAGCAUCGAGCGGAUCGUCGCGGACGGACGUAUCUGGACGGUGCGUGCCGUAUACUCCCAAAUGCCGUGUCACGAACUUAACGUCAGUGACGUCUCCGUAGGCGACGCGCCUUCCGCAGUUCCGUGA